GGAGGAUCAUCCGAAUCUCCAACUGGGAUUUGGAGACACUUGCAAGGUCCCGGUCGUCGUGAUAUUUUAAAAGUCACACAGCAACCGUCCGAACCCCUCUUGUUAACUGCACGAGGCAAAAUGAGCAAUCUCGACUCGACCCUUGCCGGCCACGCCGUGCCAAAACCAGGAGCGUCGCAGCCUACAAAUGAUGGACUGGAUCUGAUUGAGGAGCACAUCCUCCCCAAACUCGACCCCGAAUUUCUCCAGUAUUUCAUCGACGUCAUCGCCAAGCAACCGCCCGCCCACACAAUCCCCAUUGAGGAGGUUCGCAAAAGUCCUCAAAAUCAUCAACCGCCUUGUGCUCUCGAUUCUUCCAAAGAAAAGGGCGUAGGUGACCAUGUUGUCAGCUCGCAAGAUGGCACAAGCAUCCCGGUGCGUGUCUACCACCCGGUUGAAGACGAGCGAGGAGUUGUGCGACCCGGCCCCCAUCCUGUGCACCUAAAUUUCCACGGAGGCGGCUUUGUGCUCGGUGACCUGCAGUCAGAGGCGGGUCUGUGCUUGGUGAUGCGCAGGGCCGGUGUUGUCGUGGUUGAUGUCAACUAUCGGCAUUGUCCAGAAACGAUAUGGGGCAAGUGCAUCCAGGAUGCAUGGGCCGCGCUCAACUGGGUCCGUGAUGAACAUGUCAGCCUCAACGUUGAUCCCUUCUCCAUCUCGAUCGGCGGCGUCUCCGCUGGCGGUCACAUCUCGUUAGUCUUGCAGCACAUGGCUAGAGAUGCCGGGAUCCCGCUUAAGCUGUGCAUGCCCACCGUGCCCCCCACCACUGACUGCCUCAGUCUCGACUACUACACCCAAUCUCCCUAUCCGUCCUUCCACGAGUUCCACCGGGGGCCAGUCCUGCCGUGGAAGCGGAUCAAGUAUUUUGGCAACCAGUGCAUGCCGCGAGACAAGCUGCCGGAAAUCAGAAAGAUGUGGCCCGACUGGUGGCUUGCCCCCAUGCGUGCUCCCAACUGGAGUGGGUUAUGUAAUACCUACAUCCGCACCGCAGAAGUGGAUCCGCUGCGGGACGAGGGAGAAGCCUAUGCAAUGAAACUUGUUGCUAACGGCACCAUGGUCACUCUCAAGCGGUACUUGGGAUGUCCCCAUACAUUUAUGUACUUGGGCGUCCUGUCACAGAAAAGGCAGUGGGACGAAGAUAGCAUCCAUGCUCUCAAGGUUGCCCAUGGGUUACUGAAAUAAGGUACCUAUUCUACACUUUCACCAUGUAAUAAUAGACCGGAAGCGGAUACAAGCACUAUUUCCCUCUCACGUACUCGUUUUCUUAUAUACAGCAAGACAUCCUUGCGGCAUACCCUAUGUUAGUGUCCCUUACUUCCUCGCGGGAUAGCGCUCUCCUUGGUCCCACUGCAUGGGUUAGCUUCUGUUCGACCCAAGCCUCUCAUGGCGUCUUAAACACUUACAUGCUCGACAAUGCAUCCUCCCUCCCACCGGAACCGGUCGACAAUGGUUCCAAAGCCAGGAGCCGAAUAGUUUACCCACGACAUGUUGCCGCGGAUGGUGCUUCGAAUAUAGCGGUGUUGAAUGCCGCCCCACAUGUUUCCAAGGAUGCUCCAGGUCGAUGCGUGUCCAUUUUGAGCCAUUGGGUUGUGAUUCUAGAGAUCAUGUCUUAGCAGAAAUACCGCGGUGCAUGUCCAGGAAACUUACAAUAUAGUCGUCGACGAUGAACUCAAAGGCACGGCUAAUGUUCUUUCUGGAGCCGACAAACACCUCGACGAACUCGGCGAACCGAGCAUCUGUCUCCUCCUGAGUAGGGGCAGGAUCAGUCUUUCUCACGCAUGGAGUAGGCCGACGGUUUUGGCGGGCUUCCAGCAAAGUGCUGGAAACGUCUUGCUCGGCAGCAGCAACGGCAUUGGCUUCAGGGGCAGCAGCCGGAAGCGCAGCUACCGCCAACGGAGCAGAUAGAACGGCGACAAUGUGAGAGAACUUCAUUGCAGAAAGGUAUGUCUGCUUGACGAACCCACCAGCGAGUGAUGGCAACAUCUACCUCAUCUAGUUUAUGUAUUCGAAGUUCACGUCGAAGCGAACGCGGGGAACAGAUCCACAACGUCUUGGCCACUAUAUAUUUCAAUUUGGGGGGUAUCAUCCCGGACAAUUUGCCACAUGGAAGAUUCACCACCUCUUUGCAUGUUUGACUUGGCAUAUUUCGAGCGGACAAAUCUCAGACCUUGUUUCCCAAGAAGGCGAGGCUAGCUUGUUCCAGAGCGGCAAAUAUCAACACGUUAACAUGGCCAAGAGAAGGGCUGACGUCAGAAACAGCAAAUGCCAUUCAUCCUUUAUAGGCGAUUAGUGCUAAUGUAACUAAAGAUAAAUGCAUCUACUGUGGUACACCCUGCUCCCGCUCCAUCGAGCAUGUGCGUCUCCGAGCAAACGCCUUCCCUCCAGCCAAUCCGUGGUAUCUUUGGCUAGAUCACACCGGCCGCAAUGCUGUGACCAUCUCAAGCAACAUUCUCCCGGACCUCGGAGCGACCCUUCUCCCCACCGAGGGAAAUUGCGUCCGCGUUCUUCUCGUUGAGAACCUUUUCGACAGCGGCGUUGGCCUGUUCGGCAAGAUGCUUGUCCUCAAACACUGCCUCGUUGUUAGCCCUGUCCAGAUGAUGCCCAUAGUUUGCGGAUGGACUUUUGACUUACAGAAGGCCAACUCCUCCAGAGUGCGACCAAAUGUCUCGGGGAAGAAGAAGUAAACAAACACGACCUCGUAGGCGAGCCAGCAGCAGUAGGAAAUGAGAUAUCUCCAGCCCACCGAGUUGAGACCAAUGGGGUUGACAAAGGUGGUGAAGAAACCGGCAAGACGGCCAAAGAGCUGGAAGAAGGCGAUACCGGAAGAGCGCUCAGCAUAGGGCCAC